CUCAUACAGCUUAAUUAGUGGGCAUCCCAAAAAUGGCUUAGUUGCCCCUCACAUCACAAACCUAAAUGCAUAUAACUAUUCAUUUCUAAAAUGUAUGUAUGUGUGUGUGUUAUGCUAUAUAAGCAGCUCAUAGCCCUACAUUUUCUUGAAAAUAACAAGUUGAAAAAUGGAGGUGAGGAAAUUAUUGAGAGCACUUGUUGUGCUAGUUUUAUGUGUAGGCAUGCUAAGUGAAAAAUCCACUGCUUCUACUUUCAAAGAAUGCUACACAAAAUGCUUCAUCUUCUGCAUGAUUGAACCUUCACAAACCCUUUGUUCCUGCACCACCAACUGCUUGAAGGAUUGCAUCUUCCAAGAAAUCCAGAAUGAUGUUCAUGACGAUUCCGACAACCUCGGCUUCUGCAAACUCGGCUGCGCCUUCUCCAUGUGCUCGGCUUUCAGCUCCAAACACAAGCCCAAUGGUGAGAAGGUGGAUGGCUGUGUGGGAUCAUGUUCCAACAAGUGCACCAAGAGCUAUACUUCACCUUAGUACAAUUGAUUUAUCUGAUUUGUACCUUCGAAACUAAUUAUCUUGUUAUUCAAAAGGAUUGUUGUCUCUCUCAAUGUUUCUGAAUUCUCUCCUUGUUUGUUGUCUUUAGUUUGUAUGUGAUCGUUGUCACAAGCAGAUUCUUCAAAUCUGUGAUCUAUGAAUGCGAUAUGUGAAAGGUCUACUGUUUAUUUA